AUGGCUGAACGUACUCUAUGCUCCAGGAGAUGUUUGACCACACUUAACAAUUCGUACGCAACUAGGACCGGGCAGGGAGCACCCGGUGUCCGUGUAGUGCAGAACAUCCUCAACCCUUACAUCUAUGAUCCUUCUGAAGCGCUAGCCAUUGUUGGCUGUGUGGUCAUCCUGUUGAUCUCAGCAUUGUCAUGCUACCAAUUCAUACGGCAUCGAUCAUGGUUUUUCUGGACCGCCGUCAUUGGUGUUGUCAUGCUAUCCCUGGGGUUUAUCUGCCGUCUCGUCUCCUCUCUUGAUGAGAGGCAAGACGUUCCGUUUUUGGUGGCCUGGCUCAUGAUCCUCCUCGCACCAUCCUUCCUGGCCGCUGCAUGCUAUACUGCCUUCAGCCGUGUAGUCUGGUUCUCAUGUCCAACCUACGCACUCAACUUCCAGCACCUAUGGUGUUUUCCGCGAUGGAUAACACCCACUUUCGUCGUCUUCGACCUUUUCAGUUUCCUCAUCCAACUCAUUGGCGCAUCUCAGAUUAGUCGGCAAUACGACAAGGAUAAAGAUCCUUCACGCUCCAUUGAACUUUCGGAGCGUAAAGCCCUCUGUGGACGAAUUAUUCUCAUCUUUGGUCUCGCUUCGCAAAUGAUGUGCUUCCUUUCCUUCUCCAUCAUUAGCAUGCGCUACUUCUACAUCUCACGCAACUGGCGUGCCGUCGACCUCGGUGACAUGAAGCUCUGGCGCAAGUUGAACUACACCAUCAACCUCUCUUCCGUCAUCAUCGCGCUCCGGGCCAUCUACCGCACCAUGGAGAUACCACACGACCAGGACUAUGGCCUAAAGUAUCUGCAGAGCCAUGAGUGGUGUUUCUGGGCCUUUGAUGCUGUUCCCAUCAUAGCCGUGCUCAUCGUUUUCGCCCUAUGGCAUCCCGGACGCUAUCUCCCAAGGAGUUAUACUCGCUUGGCGCUGGACAAGGUCAGGGCAGUGAAGGAAAAAGAUGAAAUUUGCUCCAUGGGUGUGAUGUCGCAGAUACAGCUCCAGGACUUCAAGCCAGAAGACUUUUUAAACAAAAAAGUGGUCUCGAAUGUGUAA